GGACGAGCCCCAGGCCAAGGCUCCGGUGCCCUCCUGUGGCGUCUGAGCUGGGAUGCUGCUCUAGGGGCUGCCCAUGGUUCUCACCCUGCUCGUCUCCAUCUAUAAACUGUGCCGGUUUUUUGCCAUGUCCAGUUCGGAGAGGGCGUCGGUGCCUGAGUCCAUGAGCCAGGCGUGCUUGUGGUCCGGGUCCGGGUCCAGGGCGGGGGCUGCCUGCAACCACCGAGAAGUGUCCCCUGGGGUGAGCACGGAUGUCCAGGUGGCUCUGGAUCGGAUCCUCCCUGAUCUGCACCUGGCCAUUUCCUCCAUGAAGCAGGCAGCCGACCCUGAGGAUCUCAGGAAGGGGAUCACAGAGAUCUUCCAGCUGGUGGAGGAGGCCUGGGUGAUGCCCACCCUGGGGAGAGAUGUGGCCAAAGCUCUGUGUGACGUGAUCCGCCUGGAGGGGGGCCUGGACCUGCUGCUGAACCUGCUCCAGGCAACAGAGCUGGAAACCAAGUGCCAGGCAAGCCAACUCCUGGAGCAGAUCCUGGUGGCAGAAAACAGGGACCGGAUUGCCCGGAUUGGGCUGGGGGUGAUCCUGAAUCUGACCAAGGAGCGAGACAGCCCCCAGGUGGCACGCAGCCUCUCAGGUAUCCUGGAGCACAUGUUCAAACACACUGAGGAGACCUGUUUCCAGCUCAUUUCUGACGGGGGCCUGGACGCCAUCCUCUACUGGUGCCGCUGGACCGAUCUCGUUGUACUGCGCCACUGUGCCAUGGCCCUGGCCAACUGCGCCAUGUACGGCGGGCAAGCCAACCAGCGGCUGAUGAUCGAGAAGAACACGGCAGAGUGGCUCUUCCCACUGGUGUUCUCCAAAGAUGACGAGCUGAUCCGCCUCCACGCAUGCCUGGCCAUCACGGUGCUGGCCACCAACAAAGAGAUCGAGAAAGAGGUGGAGCGGUCGGGGACCCUGGCGCUAGUGGAGCCCUUCAUCGCCUCUCUGGACCCGGAGCGGUUUGCAUGCGACUUGCUGGACAGCAGUGACAACAGUCAGGGAAGGACAGCAAAGGACCUGCAGCAGCUGGUCCCCUUGCUGGACAGCUCGCGGCUGGAGGCGCAGUGCAUCGCUCUCUUCUACCUGUGCACAGAGGCCACCAUCAAAGCCAGGCAGAAGAAAACCAAGAUUUUCAGUGAAAUUGGGGCUGCCCAGAGCCUGAAGAGGAUAGUGUGUUACUCCACCAACAGCACCGCCUCGUCGCUGGCCAAGAAGGCGCUGCGCAUGAUGGGUGAGGAGGUGCCUCGACGGAUCCUGCCCACCGUCUCCAGCUGGAAACCCACCGAGGUGCAGACGUGGCUGCAACAGACUGGAUUCAACAAAUACUGCCAGAGCUUCCUGGAGCACGAGGUGGAUGGGGACUUGCUGCUGCGACUGACGGAGACGGAUCUGCGGGAAGAUCUGGGGAUGGCCUCUAGCAUCAUCCGGAAGAGGUUUUUCCGCGAGCUGACGGAGCUGAAGACAUAUGCAAUUUACUCCACCUGCGACCGCAGCAACCUGGCCGACUGGCUGGGCAGCGUUGACCCCAAGUUCCGCCAGUACACGUACAACCUGGUGACUUGUGGCAUCGACCGCAACUUCCUGCACCGUGUGACGGAGGAGCAGCUGCAGGAGGACUGCCGCAUCGAUGUGGGCUUCCACCGCGUGCGCAUUCUCUCUGCUGCCAGGGAAAUGCUUCACUCUCCUCUGCCGUGCAGUGGCUGCAAAUCCACCUCCGAGGGGCCGGACGUGUUUAUCAGCUACCGACGGAGCACUGGCUCCCAGCUGGCCAGCCUGCUGAAGGUCCAUCUGCAGCUGCAUGGCUUCAGCGUGUUCAUAGAUGUGGAGAAGCUGGAGGCGGGGAAGUUUGAGGACAAGCUGAUCCAGAGCGUGAUGAGCGCCCGCAACUUCGUGCUGGUUCUCUCGCCAAACACGCUGGAUAAGUGCAUGGGGGACCCUGACCGCAAGGACUGGGUGCACAAGGAGAUCGUGACGGCCCUGAGCUGUGGGAAGAACAUCAUCCCUGUGGCUGACCAUUUUGAGUGGCCUGAUCCACAGGAUCUUCCUGAGGACAUGAGGGCUGUCCUGAAAUUUAACGGCAUCAAAUGGUCCCAUGAGUACCAGGAGGCCACAAUUGAGAAGAUUAUCCGCUUCCUCCAGGGUCGCACAUCCCGGGAUUCUUCAGCUGGCUCAGAGAACAGCCUUGAGUGUGCAGCCCCUCUUGGGCAGACCUACAGCCAGGCAGUGCCGCCCCAUGUCCUCUAGGGCAGUGUUGUUCAACCAGGGACCGGCUUGCUGCUUUCCUAAACUGCAACAGGGAGAUCUCAGGGCGUGACACCGGUCCUCGGCCUGGCAGCUGAGAAACAUGGUGCUAGGGACUUCCCACAAGAGCUCUCCCCAAGUGGGGUUAAAUCCUUCCCGUUAGAGCUUCCUGCUUCCAGGGCUUCCCUCUGGGCCCACCCCGAGGGACCUGGCCCACUUCCCUGGCUCAGACAGUGCAAGAGGAAGGGCCCUUGGCUGGGGCAGCAGCCAAAUAUCUACUCUCUAAUUACCCUCCCAUCCUCAAAUCCAGCCCCGGCACCGAAAGGGAUGUUUGCCCCUUAAUGCAAAGAACACUUCCUAUCUGCCUCCUACAGCCUGAGCCUGUGGGGACGGACAAGAGGGCCCAUCUCAGUGCCCCGGGGGCAGGGAAACAGCUGUGCCCCUUCCCUCGCCAUGACGCCCACUCCUCUGACUCCA